GUAUUCUGUCUAAUCCAUCACCUUUAUUGACUUUAAAUGUGAGCAAAAUAAUAAAGUAAAAAUAAUUCAUUACAUCGUGACAGUAUAGAUACCAGUGUAGAUGAGUUGUUAGUUUUCUAUAUUUGAGCCUGUAUAUACAUGUGUAGAGAGCAUUUUGGAACAAAAAGUUUAUUUACAUAACCAAUUAGAUGGAACUCACAACUAUUCCAACUUUUCUUGAUAACGUGGCGAAUGGCCUCUCUACUUCAACAGCCUCCUAUACUUCUUCCAUACAUAAAUCAGCAGGCAUAAGAUUUUCAUGGUAUGACUACUUAAUUUUCUGCUUCUUAAUAUUAAUUAGUUUGGGAAUAGGAAUUUAUUUUGGAUGUUUUGGGAAGAAGCAAAAUGUGAAAGAUUAUUUAUUAGCAGGAGGAAACAUGAAAGUUUUUCCUGUGGUUGUAUCAUUAGUUGCAAGUCAUACUUCAGGAAUAACGUUACUAGCACUUCCAGCAGAAGUCUACAGCUUUGGAGCAAAUUAUUGGCUCUGUGUCAUAUGUCUUUACAUAGUACCUGUAAUAACUGUGUACGUUUUCCUUCCAGUAUUUUACAAACUGCAGCUAACAAGUACGUACGAAUAUUUAGGAAUACGAUUCGAUAAGAAAACAAGAAAGCUGGCAUCUGUAUUAUUCACUAUUUCUGUCUUUUGCUUAGUACCUAUUGCCACAUAUAUUCCAGCUAUGGCGUUUUCAUCUGCGACUGGCUUGAAUCUGCAUAAAGUAGUCCCAGUUAUUUGUGGCACUUGUAUUUUCUACACUGCAAUCGGAGGACUCAAGGCUUUGGUAUGGUCCGACACUCUACAGUUCUCAGCAACUCUUGGAGCACUAUUAACAAUAUUGAGUCUUGGUUUGUAUAAAGUAGGCGGUAUAGGAAAAGUAAUGACGCUAGCAUAUUCAACUGACCGGUUGGACCUUUUUGAUUUUGCUUUGGACUUUACAAAAAGAGAUUCCUUUUGGACUAUAGUAAUUGGCUUCACGUUUCAUUGGAUAGCAGUAAUGUCCAUCAAUCAGGGUUGUAUGCAGAAGUUCUUGGCAGUUGGCACUUUUAGGGAAUCUAAAUGGGUUGCCUUUUUAUAUUGCUCCGUUGGAAUGGCUGGAGUAAAAUCUAUCAGCAUUCUGAGUGGAUUAACCAUGUAUACCCACUAUGCAGAUUGCGAUCCUUUAAAGUCUCAUAAAAUACGACAUAACAACGAGAUAUUUCCUUACUUUGUUCUGGAUGUGGCCGGUAAAAUUCCUGGAUUAUCUGGAUUAUUUAUUGCUGGAGUCUUUUGUGCGUCUUUAAGUGCUCUCUCAUGUAAUUUGAACAGCUUAGCUGGAACCAUAUAUGAAGAUUUUAUCAAACCGAAACUUAGUCCCAAAAAUCAAGAAAAUGCUGGAUAUUUUCUAAAAGGGCUAGUUGUUAUAAUUGGUAUCAUCGGAACCGCUCUUGUUUACAUCGUUGAACAGUUAGGAGGUCUCCUAUCGUUAUCCGUUGGCCUGGGAGGUAUUGCCCAAGGGCCAUUGCUGGGGCUUUUUACAUUAGGGAUGCUAUUUCCAAGAGCAAAUGCAAAAGGUGCUUUCUGUGGAGCUUUGGCCAGUGUAGUAUCAGUUACUGGCUUAGUUUUUGGCGCUUAUUAUCUAAAAUCACAACAUAUUAUUGUUCCGGAAUACAAAACAACAUCCAUUGCUGGUUGUUCAAAUGGAACAGAUUCAAUUUUAGACCAUUUAAUGGGAAAUAGUACAACAACAGAACACAUAGAGACGCCGGCUGCUCUUUCAAUUUUUAAAAUUUCAUUUUAUUGGUAUGCAUUUAUUGGAACAAUGCUAUGUAUUGUUAUAGGUCUAACCAUAAGCUACCUUUCAGAAGAACAACAUCCCCCAAUAGCCCGUGAACUUUUAUCUCCUGUCAUAUAUAAUAUAAUAGAUGAAAAAUACGUAGACAAAAUGAUUUCCGAUUACGAACAGGUAAGCAUGGAUUUGGAUGGAAAACAUUCAGGAGAAAGAAGGAUGUCUAGAUGGGAAGAAAAUAGACAAGAAAGGCUGAGAAAAGCGUCGUAUGUUUCGGAACACAUUGAAUGUUGAUGCCUACCUUUACUAUCUUUUGUGUUUCGAUAUUGUGAUAAAUUAUAGUCAAACUAGAACGUCUAUAAAUAUUAUAUGUAGAUAUAUUGUUGUAUAUAUUGCUGUUAGAAGUAAUAUUUUGUAUAUACUAGUAGAAAUUAAAUUAUUUUUUAUAUCAACA